UCUUCGCAGAGGAUUGUGGGUGGAAACUGGAGAAUCAAGAUGGCAGCGCCCUGCACGAGAAUGGCGAAUCGCCCUUUAUGGCAAUUUAUUACAAAUGUCAGACGGACAGGCCUAAAACAUACAGGAGUUCGUCAAAUUUCUCUCAGUUCCGCUUGUCGAGCUGCAACUCAGACCAGAAGUAAAACGGAAGGCGUCGCGUCGCCAUGGAAGCUGUACGGGGCGGUGUGUCUCCAGAGGCUGCCUGUCAUAUCACAGGAGCGGAACCCGAUCGAAGACCAAUUCGCUGAGCUCAUGCAUCAGAUGGAGCUGGAGAGAAGCUUGCUGUCGGAUCAUGAACAGAGGCUCCUAGAGGACUCAGAACGUAUGACUCGUAAACAGGCAGACAACUAUGAUUCAGAUGAGGAGGAGGCAGACUACGGUGGCCAGGAGACCAUCACCGCUCAGGACCAGGAGGACACCUGGGAACAGAAGCUCAAACACUUCCAACCUGCUCUCAGAGACAGAGGUAGGAGUCAGAGAGGUUGUGGGACACCGCUGGGCUCAGUGGAGAGGUGUCUAGGAGACAGCCUGGUCCUGCUGGUCCAGCAGACUGUCGGUAAACAGACCAUCUGGCUGCUCCCUCAGGCCCAGUGGGAGGCAGGGGAGACUCUCCGACAGACAGCAGAGAGAAGCCUCAGCAACCUGCCAGAGGCUGAUUUCAAGGCUACGUUCCUUGGCAACACCCCCUGUGGUGUGUACAGGUACACAUUCCCCAAAGAGGUCCGGACAGAGCGCUGCGUGGGAGCCAAGGUCUUCUUUUUCAAAGCUUUCCUGUCCUCUGGUUCAGCCAGUCAGAAACAACCUUUUCUGUGGGUGAAGAAGACUGAACUGCAGGGAUACCUGAAGCCACCUUACUUGGAGAAGGUUGACCGCUUCCUACUCAACCUGUGAUGGAGUGUAUGAGAGCUGAUGGAGAAGGUUGACCGUUUCCUACUCAACCUGUGAUGGAGCGGAUGAGAGCUGAUGGAGAAGAUGUGACGAGAGGUUACGAUGUCUUUUUUAGAUACGUCCUGGAAGUCAUAUUUCUGUCACAGCAACUGUUGUUUUCUCCUGACCGUCCUCUUGGUGUAUAAGCGAGCUUGAUUAAAGUUUAUAAUUUGUUCCAACAUAUAAA